UUUGAGUGCACACAACCUUGUCGAAAUAUCGAUGCUUGUUUAAACAUGUCUCCUUUUUUGUAAUCAUAAGUAUAAUAAGCGUUUAAAGAAUGGGCAAAACAUUUAAAAAAUAGAUAUUAUGUACUUUCUUAAAUUACAAAUUCACUAAGAUUAUAAUUAUAAACCCUUUAUUAACUUGUUGUACUGAUAUGUCUUUAGUGUAUUAUAAAUCUAGCGCGUUAUCGAUAUAAUUUUACCUCACGUUGGUUUCCCAUUCGUUUACACCAAAAAUAGAAAUGGAUUUUCAAAGCUGUUACUUAAUUUAGAUUAUACGUAAAGCCAAAGGAGAUUUGAUUAAUGUGCAUAACAUUUCUAAUAACCUUAAGAUACCGUGUUUAAAAUAAGCUGGAAGAAAUUGUAUAAUGUCGGAUUUAUAAUAAUAAAAGAAGACUCCUGAACACUAAGCAGGAUUGCGUUUAAAAUGUGGAAAAUAUUUCCGGCUCUCAUACCUAAAUAUAACGGCAGAUUAAGAUGAAUCCCUCUUGCAAUUUAAACAUAAUUGACGUUGAAUUUCAAAAUUUAAAGAUGUUUAAAAACCGGUAAUAAAUGAAGUAAACUGAGCGAACCUGGACUUAACAUUUUGUUUUACGUUGAUUCAAUAAUUUUCUAUUAAUCAUGGCUACUCCAUUGUAUGAUCCUAAACUAUCAGGAGCCAAAUUCAAGAAUUGGAUUAAGGCUGGUUUAGGUGUGUUAUUUACCAAAGAAGGUAUUGAGCCUUUUGUUCAUGAUGAAAUAGAACAAUUCCAGCAGAAAUGUUUGAGCGACAUUUGCAACAACAAUGGACUUGCUACUGGUACCACGUGUUCUUGUUGUUGCACAGAAAAUGUUGUUGUUUGUCCUACGAAUAGAAUUUGUAAUGCAAGACGUGGACUAUGUAACUUCCAUAGAAAUUCUGCCACGCAAUAUCUCCCGUCUGGCUGCCCUAACAGGAUAUGUCAUAAUUUCAAAAGCGAGAUCCAGCAUGCCCAUCGAUACCACGGGCCGUCUUAUAAAAACACUGAUGCUACCAAAUGGUGCAGCAACCCAUGGGAAGUUGCUAAAUGUUUUAUGCCACCUGACGGAUACACAGAUGCGACGAAUGCAGCGGACACUGAUUUUAAUGGAAUCAUCAGUGUUAUUAUGAACUAUAAAGCAUUUCAAACAAAAAUUCACGACGACCUUUCCAAACCGAACAACAUCUUUGAACAGGGUAGAGAGGUAGGCAAAGCAGUUCGACAUUGCCCACAGUUAGAGAUGGAAGAUACAGAUCUGCAACACAUUUUUAGUGUCUUACAGAAUCUGCUGUCAGAUCCUGCGCACCUGUCUGGUAAUACAGUUGCGCAGAAUGCUAAAACGAAAUUAUUACAGCUUCAAAAUGAUACCUUAGUCAUUGGUAAAGACGACGUCCGGAAAGUGCUGGAUGAUGUUUGUAAAGAAGUUCAAGAUAAAAUAAGGACUAUUGACAGACAUGGGAAAGUUUCAAUGUCUCAACUAGAUAAAGCAUUAAAAUCUGCAAUGGAUGAAAUAGAAAAGCAAACAAAGGAAUCGGUUAUUAAAGUACAAGCUGAAGCAGGAAAACAAUUGAAGAUUAUGGCGGAAGAAGGAGAUACUAUUGCGAAAAAGGUCAUCGAAGGAGUUCAGGGAAUUGAUGCUGGGAUAGGAAAAGUUUCAACAGAAACUGAUAAUGCUAAGAGAAAGAUAACACAAGAGACUGAUCAAGAAGUUAAAAGAUUGAAAGCAGAGGCCAGUGCUAGAAUAAAUACGUUAAAAAGGGAAGCAAAUACUAAAGUGAAAAUGGUUUCAUCAGAAGCUGGUAAAGCAGUUAAACAAAUAGAGGGAGCCAAAGAUGAAGGUUUGAAAGCAAUGAAGACAGUAGCCGAAGCUGAAGUAAAAAAAAUUAAUUUAGAAACGGAUGAAGCAUUAAAGAAGAUUAAGAAAUCAAAAACAGAUGGUAAAGAAGAUAUAUACAACACCUUAAAAAGGGAGCUGAAAGACGACUUGGCUACCUUCUACAAAACAAGAUACAGUACAAUACCACUGUCACCGCUAGUCGAGGGACAUGACACUCCACUUGUAGAUUUUUACAUUUUGCCUGAAAUGAAUUUCAUUGAAAAGCAGGACAAAAAGCCAGCUGGGAAAGAGACUAAAACGCCUGUCAAAUCGUUGUCGGAAGUAUUCCAGUCUGAAAAACAGUUGUGAAA